UUCGUCAAGUGCGGGUAUGCCGGCGCCAACUUCCCGGCCCACAUAUUCCCGUCUAUAGUCGGACGGCCGAUAAUCAGGGCUGUCAACAAGAUCGGCGACAUCGACGUCAAGAUUUAUGAAAUUGAAUGAGAGAUGAGAAGCAUAUAUUUACCGAAAUUUAUGAAAGAAGUUCUAAGAGUCGUAACUUUUUAUAUAUCGGUUGACUUAUAUAUAAGGUCUACAAUCUUUCGAACUUUUAAGUUGUUCGAGUGUGUUUAAUAGUACUAGCAUACAGACGAUUAAUAAGAAUAAUUAUAUUUUCAGCAAGAAUAUUGCAUUCGCGUAAGUCCAUUAUACAGUAUUACGUCGUGUGCCCUCCCUGCUUCCCCUUAGCGCUUUUAAGUUUGACUGAAAAUAAUCCAUGUGCUUGUUCAUUGAUGUAAAUAGAACAAUUUGAGAGAGGCUAAUGACGUUUACUAAUCAAAAGGAAAUAUGUAUUUGAAAUGUAAGACAAACAUUACUUAUAGCAUUUUAAUUUUUAAUAAUUUGCCAAGUUUAUUAAUAAUUGUUUUUUGAGCCAUAAUAUCGUUUAAGAUUGCGUGUGAUUCUAUAUCAUACUUAAUAAAUUUAUUUAUUGCAUUGUGUACAAUUCUUUAUCAAUAUAAAUAUUUUAAUAAAGCAAGACAAUGUGUCUUUACUAAUAUACUUAUUAUAAUUGUACAUUGGUUAUCUACAAUUUUUAUACUCAUGUGCAUACUAUACUCCUUUUACGAUUGUCUAAUGUAUUUGUGUGCUUACAUUUGCUCUCGUAGGAUGUGCUUAACAUGCCUGACUUAAUGGUUGGCGAUGAAGCAAGUAAACUUCGUUCUAUGUUAGAGAUAAGUUAUCCGAUGCAAAAUGGGAUUGUUAGAAACUGGGAGGACAUGUGUCACGUAUGGGAUUACACGUUCGGUAAGGAAAAGAUGAAUAUUAAUCCUAAAGAAUGUAAAAUUCUGUUAACCGAACCACCAAUGAAUCCUAUCACGAAUAGAGAAAAGAUGAUAGAGGUGAUGUUCGAGAAGUACGGUUUUGCUGGAACGUACAUCGCGAUUCAGGCAGUACUGACGUUAUAUGCUCAAGGAUUAAUUAGCGGCGUCGUCGUGGAUUCUGGCGAUGGUGUCACGCACAUUUGUCCCGUGUUCGAGGAGUACGCUUUACCACAUCUGACCAGACGGUUAGACAUAGCUGGACGCGAUAUUACGAUGUACCUAAUUAAAUUGCUGCUGCUGCGCGGCUACGCGUUCAAUCACUCUGCCGACUUCGAGACUGUGCGAAUGCUCAAAGAGAAGUUAUGUUACAUUGGUUAUAAUAUAGAGACUGAAGAAAAGUUGGCUCUUGAAACCACCGUGUUGGUAGAGUCAUAUACCUUGCCUGAUGGGCGUGUGAUCAAGGUGGGCGGUGAAAGAUUUGCCGCACCAGAAGCACUCUUUCAGCCUCAUCUGAUUAACGUUGAGGCGCAGGGUAUAGCUGAGCUGGUGUUUAGCACAAUUCAAGCGGCUGAUAUUGAUAUCAGAAGCGAGCUGUACAAGCACAUUGUUCUAAGUGGAGGUAGUACAAUGUAUCCCGGUCUUCCAUCAAGACUUGAACGAGAAAUUAAGCAACUAUAUCUUCAAAGAGUAUUAAAGAAUGAUACCACAAAAUUAAAUAAAUUUAAGAUAAAAAUUGAAGACUCACCUCGACGUAAGGAUAUGGUUUUCAUGGGUGGUGCUGUAUUAGCGGAAAUAACGAAAGACCGAGAUUCCGUAUGGAUAACACGGGAGGAAUAUGAAGAAAAGGGUCUUAGUGUACUAAAAAAAUUAGGCUCCUACGAUUCAUAAGGAAAGUCAUAGUAAUGUAGGUUACAAAAUUUUUAACAGGCAAUCAAGUGUUUUUUAUACUUAAAAUUAUCGUUCUUGAAAGUUAGACUUGCGCAGCAGUUUUAUGAUUUGUUAUAUAAUUGUAAAAAGGUGCUUUACAAAGGAAGUACUUUAAAAAAAAGACUUACUAGCUGUUUGAUACUAAACUCUAAUGAACUAAUGUAUUUUUUUUUUAACCAUGAUAUAAUUUCAAAUAAGUACAACAUAAGAGAUUUCAAAAAUAUAUUCGAGUAUCAUGGUCCUGCUAUAAUAUUGAAUGUCGACAUUAAAUGUUAAUUUAAUAAAUUCGUGACUGUCAUAUUUCAGAUAGUUGUAUUCUAUUCGGAAUAAUACGUCAAUCAGAUAUGCAAAACAGAUGUUGCAUUUAAUGUGUAUUUAUAGCUCUCAGGUAAAUGUUCAACAUAUCGAUUAAUUUUUAUUGUUACUUGCGUGAUACCUGAUGAAAAUUUCAUUCCUAUUUCCUUCUAUUUGUCAAACUUUUCUCUGAAAAGUGUAAGUACAAUCGAAAUUGUAAAACGAUUUUAUUCGUUGUAUAACACUAUCUGCCUUUCCAUUAUGGUAAUGUGUAAAAAAGCUGCAAGUAUAAUGUGACUUUAUAUUUAAAGUCUAUUUCGUAUGUAUACAUAUUGCGAAACAUGAAUUAUACGUAAUGUAAGUAAAAAUAGUCAAUAUUAAAUAAUCUGUUGUUGAUUAAAAAAAUGUUUGAAAUCAAAUAGUCGGAUUUGUAUAUAUGGAAUGUUGAGAUAUUUACAACUUUUUCUUAUUAUAAACAACAAUGCACAGAACUGUAGAACAAAAACAACUAAAAUUUUAAUUUUUGAUGAAUAUACGUCUAUUAUAAAAUGUUUUACACUACAGCUAUUUUAAUUUGGCUUCAUAUUACUUGUUUAUGUGCUCGUUAUUCGUGUCACACUUACAUGCUGGUCUGCGAUUUUAAUUUUAGCCAAUAUAUUACUAUUAAUUAUAUACUUUAUAUAUUAGUACAUAUGUUACAAUUCUUAUUUCAUGCAGCAUAUAAAAAAUAUGAUGCAUUUACAUUUAGAUAUUUUUGUGACGCGUAUUGUACAGAUAAACAUAAUUUUUUUACACUUAUUUUCUACUUUCACUAAGUCAUGUUAUUACUUUCUAUAAAGAAGAGAUAUUUGCACCUCCUUUAACUUAAAUCGUAAAGAUCACAAAUCAAACGUUUAUUUUACCUAGGAUUUAAUAUUAUUUUAAAAAGUUACAUAUUCUUUACAAAUUGAAACUUUGUUAAAAUUAUUUGAUAAAAUAUAUAAAAUUAAGAGAUGAUUUAAAGGAGGGAAUUUUGUACAAUGUAUAUGUAUAUAUAAUAGAAUAAUUUCUUAGGUUUCGUUUCACUGACAGAAAUAUGUUUCACGAAGAAACAUUUGCCAUGCUUCUUCGUUCCUGUGCUCUUAUUGUACGAGAUGAAAGAUUGAUGAAUGACAUGAUGUGGACAUGAUUGUUAUUUUAUAAUAAAUCUACAACAGUCUUUA